UUUCCUAGGAGACAUGUUGUUUACUUCCGGGUUGCCGCUAGCUAGAGCGACAACACGCCCAAAACAGCGAGCAAAGCGGAUUAAAGUCCCGUUAGAGAUGGCAGAGGAGAACGAAGACGAGAUACCAGAAUCAGGAGCAGUUUUCACAUUUGGAAAGAGCAAGUUUGCAGAUAACAUCCCCAGUAAGUUCUGGCUGAAGAACGACGUACCUUACAGGAUCGCCUGUGGAGAUGAACACACCGCCUUAAUCACAGAAAACAAGAAGCUGUUCAUGUUUGGCAGUAACAACUGGGGCCAGCUGGGUCUGGGCUCCAAGCAGACGGUGCAUAAACCCACCUGUGUCAAAGCCUUAAAGUCUGAAAAAGUCCAGCAGGUGGCGUGCGGACGGAACCACACUCUGAUCAGCACCGAGCGGGGCCACGUGUACGCCUGCGGGGGGAACGGCGAGGGGCAGCUGGGGCUGGGCGACUGCGAGGAGCGGACCACCUUCCAGAGGGUGAAGUUCUUCGACUCUCUGGGACCAAUCAGGAUGCUCGCUGCGGGUUCAAACACCUCGGCCGCUCUCACAGCGAGCGGGAAGCUGUUCAUGUGGGGCGAGAACACGGAGGGUCAGAUCGGUCUGGGGAAGGCCAGCCAGGCGUCCACGCCGCAGGAAGUCAGCGUGGGUCGUCCAAUCAGCUGGGUGUCCUGUGGAUACUACCACUCUGCUCUGGUGACGGCCGACGGAGCUCUGUACACGUUCGGGGAGCGGGACAGCGGCAAGCUGGGCCUGGGGACGGAGCAGCUGCCCGGACACAGAGUUCCUCAGAGGGUGAAGAGCAUCAAGGAGGCGGUGAAGCAGGUGGCGUGCGGCGGGGGACACACUGUGGCUCUGACCGAGGACGACGUCUACUCGUUCGGACUGGGCCAGUUCGGGCAGCUGGGUCAUGGGACGUUCAUCUUCGAGUCGCGGCUGCCCCGCCCCGUGGAGCACUUCCAGAAGGGCCGGGCGCUCCGGGUGUCCUGCGGCGAGAACCACACGGCCGUGGUGACAGAGGGGGGGCUGCUGUACACCUUCGGAGACGGUCGUCAUGGCAAACUGGGCCUGGGGGAGGAGAACUUCACCAACCAGUUCAAACCCACUCUGUGUCCUCGCUUCCUGAAGUACCACGUCCAGGCGGCGGUGUGCGGAGGCUGCCACAUGGUGGUUCUGGCCCGGCCCAGAGACCCGUCUGCCCCCGACGUCCUUCUGGAGGACGAUGAUGUCACGGAGGACGUCCUGGAGAGGCCCUACGUGGAGCUGCUGGGGGACGCCGCCGUCCCGUCUCUGCAGCGGAGCCUGUCGGCCCGGGUUCGCCGCAGAGAGAGGGAACGAUCUCCGGACCAGUUUGGAACCACGAUUGGCACGCUGCCUGCCGGCUUCCUGCCCGUCCCGCCCAGGCUGCCUCCACCCGAGCUGAGCCACAGGAAGGUUCUGAAAGGGUCCAACCGACAGCCCAGCUCAGGCUCCGCCCCUCAGGAGCAGACGGCGUGCCGGGCCGGCAGCGUGGCGGAGAGCCUGACGGACACAGACAGCGUUAGAGGUUUGGGAGAAACCUGCGACUUCCUGAACAUGACGCAUGUGAUGAAGAUGGAUCCUGCUGAUCAAAGCCUCACUCUGUCUCCUCUGGAGAAGAGGAAGCCUCGGCCAAUCAGAGAGCAGAGUCGGAAAAAGCUCUCUGAGGGGAGGGGCUCCUCCGCCAAGCCUCCGUCUCAUCAGAGAGGCGCCGGGUCGGCUCGCCGGGAAGGACCCGCCGGGCUCCCUGAGGGCGGAGACGCUCGCUCCUCGUCCGGCCGGAAGGAGAAAACGGGUCCGAACAAAGAGAAUCUCCUGCUGGGUGUGGAGCAGAGCAGGAGAACCGAUAACAGGGAUGCUCAGAGGGGGCGUGAAGCCGCUAAAGCGACGUCCAAACGCCAGAAACCAGCGGCGGACUGGAAACGACGUCCAGAAACCGGGAAGAAAGGUUCCGGACCCGUUAGAGCGGGAAAAGAGUCCAGAUCCAUUAGAGUUAAAGGGAAACCGUCGGCUGGUUCUUUGACGGACCUCAGUCUGACCACAGAGAGCUCUCAGCCAAUCGCUGCACAGAACAAGGGACCCAGAACCAGACCCGACCCGGAUUCUGCCAAAAGGUCCAAAAACGAGAGGAACAGGAAAGAAGCAGCGAGCAAGAAGGAACCAGGAAGGAAGGAGGCGUCGGGUCUGGGUCUGAUCGCCGGAGCCGCCGCCCUGACAGCAGGGGGCGCCGUGUUAGUCCAACAGAUGGCCUCCGACAGCCCGACCAGAACCCCGUCUGGGUCAGAGAGGAGCCCGACCAGAACCCCGUCUGGGUCAGAGAGGAGCCCGACCAGAACCCCGUCUGGGUCAGAGAGGAGCCCGACCAGAACCCCGUCUGGGUCAGAGCGGAGCCCGACCAGAACCCCGUCUGGGUCAGAGAGGAGCCCGACCAGAACCCGGUCUGGGUCAGAGAGGAGCCCGACCAGAACCCCGUCUGGGUCAGAGCGGAGCCCGACCAGAACCCCGUCUGGGUCAGAGAGGAGCCCGACCAGAACCCGGUCCGGGUCAGAGCGGAGCAGAACCGAACCGGAGGAAUCAGAAUCCCGCUCUGCUGAGGAUGUCAGCCACCAGUCAGCCGUCAGCAUCAACGUCAUUCCUGCUUCUGAGAGUCCAAGACAGAGUCAGGAGGAAACGGAGGAGGAGGUCGGAUCUGCUGCAGCUGGACAGGAGGAGGAGGAGCAGGAGGAGGAGCAGGAGGAGGAAGGAUGGAGAAGCAGCCCUGAUGGGAGCCAGAAGGAGGAGAGGACGGUUAGUGAGGAGAAAACAGAGGAGGAGAGAGACAGCGACACUCUUCAACCAGAAGAUCUGGAGGAGGAAGAGGAGGAGGAAGAAGAUGAGGAAGAGGAAAGGACAACAGAGAGCGGAAACGAGACUGAAGAGAAAGGAAGCAAAGGAGGAGAUAUGGAGGAAGAUGAGGAGGAGGAAGGAUCAAGUCAGGAGACGCAGAGUAAAGGAGCAGAGAGUGAUGAAGAGGAGGAAGGAAGUUCAAAAAGUGAGGAAGAGGAAGAUGAAAGCGACACUCUGAAGUCAUCAGAGGAAACGGAAGGGAGUGAGGAAGAGGAGGAAGAAAGGAAGAGGGAUCUAGAAGGAGAGGAAGAGGAGGAGGCAGAGAGCAGUGGAGAAAAGCAGAGUGACAAAAUGGAGGAGGAGGAUGAAACAGAACAGGAAGAGGAGGAAGAGGAAGAGGAGGAAGAGACUGAAAGCCAAGAGCGGGAGGAAGAGGAGGAGGAAGAGGCUGAAAGCCAAGAGGAGGAAGAAAAAGAGGAAGAGGAGGAGGAAGGUGAAGAAGAGAGUGAAAGUAAGGGGGAGGAGGAAGAAGGUGAAGAAAACGAGGGUGAGGAGGAAGAAAAAGAUGAAGAGAAGGAAGAAAGUGAAGAGGAGGAAGGAAGUGAAGAGGAGGAAGGAAGUGAAGAAGAGGAGGAAGAAGGUGAAGAAGAGGAGGAAGGAAGUGAAGAAGAGGAGGAAGAAGGUGAAGAAGAGGAGGAAGGAAGUGAAGAAGAGGAGGAAGAAGAGGAGGAGGAAGAGGAGAGUGAGGAGGAGGGGAAUAGUGAUACUGAAGAUGGUGAUGAAGACGAGAAUGAGAGUGAAGAUGAAGAUGAGGAGGAAGAGGAGGUUGUGAAGAUGAAGAAACCUUCAGUGGGGAAACAUCAAAGCAGCAAACCAGCAGCUGAAGCAAAGCAGAGACGAGGAAGAGGAGGACCAUCAGCUGGUGAGGAAGAGGAGUUCUGGGAGGACGUCCUUCCUGAAUACCUGAGCCUUAGAUAACGCCAUCCGACCGUCAUCCAUCCGACCGUCAUCCAUCCAACCGUCAUCCAUCCAACCAUCAUCCAUCCAACCUUCAUCCAUCCAAC